GUGGUGGUCGGAGAUCAGGAUGGGGUCGUUAUGUGUUUUGGCAUUAAAAAAGGGGAAGCUGUGCCAGUGUUCAAGACACUGCCAGGCAAAAAAAUUUCAAGACUGGAGUUGGGAGGAGCUCUUAAUACACCACAAGAGAAAAUUUUUGUGGCUACAGGGUCAGAAGUUAGAGGAUUCACAAAAAGAGGGAAGCAGUUUCUUUCGUUUGAAACUAACCUCACUGAAAGCAUCAAAGCUAUGCAUAUUUCAGGAGCAGAUCUCUUUCUUUGUGCAAGCUAUAUCUAUAACCAUUACUGUGACUGCAAAGAUCAGCACUACUACCUGUCGGGAGAUAAAAUCAACGAUGUUCUCUGCCUUCCUGUAGAUAAAGUCAGCUGCAUUACACCGGUACUCGCAUGUCAGGAUAGAGUCCUCAGAGUUUUACAGGGGUCUGAUUUACUGUAUGAAGUAGAAGUUUCCGGACCUCCUACUGUUCUUGCUCUAAACAAUGGAAAUGGGGGUGAUUCUGGAGAAGAAAUUGUGUAUGGAACUUCUGAUGGUAAACUGGGUCUUAUCCAGAUUACUGGUUCCAAGCCUAUACCUAAGUGGGAGAUUGGAAAUGAAAAGAAGAGAGGAGGUAUCUUGUGUAUCGAUAGUUUUGACAUUGUGGGAGAUGGAGUUAAAGAAUUACUCGUUGGACGAGAUGAUGGAGUGCUAGAAAUCUAUAAUAACUUUGGGAGCGCAGAUGAUCCUGUCCUGCGAUACGAUCAUGCGUUGUCAGAGAGCAUUGCAUCAAUCCAGGGUGGCUGUGUAGGAAAAGAUGGGUACGAUGAAAUUUUAGCAUCCACAUACUCAGGCUGGCUGACAGGACUGACUACAGAACCUGUCCAUAGAGAAGGUGGAUCAGGUGAAGAACUAAAAUUAAGUCAAGAAAUGCAGAGCAAGAUUUCAUCUUUAAGGAAUGAAUUGGAACACCUACAGAUUAAAGUUCUUCAGGAACGUGAAAAAUACCAGCAGUCUUCUCAGUCCAGUACUGCUGUUUCAUCAGUACCAGCAUUUAGUGUGAAUGAUAAGUUUACAUUAAAUAAGGAUGAUGCUAGCUACAGCCUCAUCUUGGAGGUACAGACAGCUAUAGAUAAUGUCCUGGUACAGAGUGAUGUCCCAGUAGACUUGCUAGAUGUGGAUAAAAAUUCUGCUGUUGUUAGUUUUAGCAGUUGUGAUUCUGAGCCAAAUAGCAACUUUCUUCUUGCGACUUACCGAUGCCAAGCAAAUACUACAAGACUUGAGCUUAAGAUUCGGUCGAUUGAAGGACAGUACGGGACACUUCAAGCAUAUGUAACUCCAAGAAUUCAACCAAAAACCUGCCAAGUUCAUCAAUAUCAAAUUAAACCACUUUCGCUUCAUCAGAGAACUCAUUCUAUUGACCAUGACAGGCCCAUGAAUACGCUGACACUCAAAGGCCAGUUCAGUUUUGCCGAAAUUCACUCCUGGGUUGUGUUUUGCUUGCCUGAAGUGCCUGAAAAGACUCCCGCUGGAGAGAGUAUCACCUUCUGCUUCCAGAACACCUUCCUGGGUACACAGCUUGAAAGUACCUACAGAAAGGGUGAGGGAUGUUUUAAGUCUGACAAUAUUUCUACAAUAUCCAUCCUAAAAGAUGUGCUUUCCAAAGAGGCUACUAAAAGGAAGAUUAAUCUCAGCAUAUCAUAUGACGUAAAUGAAGAGUCUGUGAGGCACACAUUAAAGCUUAUCCACCCUAAAUUAGAGUACCAGCAGCUGUUGGCCAAGAAAGUUCACUUAAUAGAUGCUUUGAGAGAAUUACAAGUCCAUGAAGGAAAUGUGGACUUCCUGCUCCCAAAAUACCGCAGCAUUUUGGAAGAGGCAGAUCAGCUGCUGGAGGAAUACAAGAGACAGCCUGCACAUCUCGAGAGACUUUAUGGUAUGAUCACGGAUCUCUUCAUCGACAAAUUUAAAUUUAAAGGCACCAAUGUGAAAACCAAAGUUCCUCUUCUUCUGGAGAUUCUGGAUGGCUGUGAUCAAGAGGGACUAAUAGCUUUUUUUGAGGCUGCAGCUUGA